CAUUGACACCCAAAAACCGAAUUAAUUAAAAAAUACAGAUGCAAGUUUUAAUAAAAUAUAACACGAUCAGUACAGCUCGUUUUAUCACAUCACACAAAUGGCAACAAGCCUAGUGUAUAAUAUGACCGUCGUAAUUGUGAUAGAUGUAGAUAAGUUAAUGACAUGUUUUGGUCACAGAACAUUCGAAUAGUCAAGGAUAUUUUUAGUUUAGACUUUGAUAACCGAAUUCCAAUCAACAUUUCGAAUGACCCUCACAGGCGUUUAAAUCCUAUUUACUCGGUUAAAUAUAAGCCAGAAAACUCGUGUCCGUUAUAUUAUAAUAAGUACUCUGAAGUUGUAUUACACUACAAACUAUUGCAUUAAACCAAACCAAAACAAAAAAUGGUUGUUUUGAAAACUAUUGUCGUUUUCGCAAUAGUCGUUAUAACUGAGGUUUAUAACGCGCCUACGUGCGAUCUAGGAAAUCUGAUACCACUCACGCCGACGCCUCUCGAAUCGUCUGGUCUCAGUCCAGAACUCAUUGCUAUGCUGACAAAAUCGUAUCCCUGCUCGUUUUCUUCGGCCAAAACCACUCCAACCGGUGUAAAUCCAUCUUUUGUGAAGUAUUUGUCGAGUUUACCAUCUGCCCGAGCAUCCUCGGAUAAUAAUGUUUCGGGACCUCGUGGUUCCCGCGGAACUAAUCCCGCCCCAAACACCUUAACCUCGUCGUCACCACCGCCGGCUCCUGUUCCAUCCGAUGUCAAUCCAUCGCUACAGAAUUACUUGACAAACUUACAAUCUUCCAAAACGUCUCAGUUUGCUCCUCCGGCGGCAGUGACAAACCCCGUAGCCACACAAUGUCCUUCGCCACCAACUGGUGCUCCGUGUGGCCAGACCGGCUUUGUUGGUUCAGGUCCGGUAAAUAAUUUUCAAUCGAAUCAACCGUCUUUCCGGAUAACGCCGUACGGUUCGAGUAGUACUUGUCAAAACCAAUAUCCUACUUCGAGUGUUAACCCGGGUUUCUUUAACUCGUUCGCCAACCCUCAACGAAUUUCGGCUCCGUAUUUAAACCGGAACCAAUAUCCUAGUCCAUAUCUGUCGGCCACUCCAAAUCAAUACCCUUCAACGCUGCCGCCGUGUGCAGCCCAACAAAAUUCCAAUCAACUCCUGUUCAAUAUCUUAUCAAACGCCUUAGCGUCACGGGCGAAAACUUACACUUGCACGGGCAACUACGCUCCUCCAUUGACGGCGACCAACGAGAAUUUGUCCAAAAUUGAAUUCAUCAAAACUUUGAUCGGUUCGAUAAACCCUUCGCCGUCCUCUUCUAAUCCGACCGCGAACAAUUCUCCACUUUCACCGUCCACCACAGGCUCGUCAUCGUCGACAAAUCCACGUGAAACAUCUAAGAUUAACUCUUUGUCUCCGACGACUUCUUUCAGUUCACCGCCACCGUCAGCAGCUGUCUCCAACGAUUUAAUAAAAAAAUAAUAGUACUUGUAAUUUCAUACAAGUCGACGGUUUUACACAAACGUUGAUUUGUCGUUCACAACA